AAGGGACAAAGUCUCUAUAAAAACAAUUCGACACCAUCAGAAAAUUCCCCUCUCUACUCGGACGAUAUGACUGACAGGAAGCGCAAACGCACCAUCAUUUCUCUUUCUUCCUCCUCUUCCAGUGAAGAAGAAGAAGAAGAAGAAGGCGAUGAUGAUGAUGAAGACGAUGAAGAAAUCAGCGGAGAUGAGAACAAUUACAGCGAAGAUGAGGAAGACGAGGAGAGUGAAUCGGACAAUGUUGAUGAGGAAAUUGAGGACGAUGAGGAUGACGGCGGCGCGAAGGAGGAGUCUCUCUGCAAUGGAGUCAUUCGUCUUCUCAAAGAGAUGAAAAAUUUAGAAGCUUUAAGCCUAAAAGAGUGCAAGGCAUAUCUGCGAAAGCAUGGCCUCAGGCUAGCUGGGACCAAAGCAGUUUGUUUGCAGAGAAUUAAGGAGCAUUGGAGGAUAAAGGAUGGAAAUGGUGAAUCACUUUAUCCAAGAUCAUCCUUUGUAGUUAAUUGCACAGGUGAUGUCUGUAAGGGAGAUGUAGUUCUGUUCAGCCAGAAAGUUUAUGCGAAGUUUGAUAAAGUGAGAAGACAAGGGAAUCUUCUUGGGAAAAGAACUGUGGCUGGCAGGGUUGUAAAGGAAAGCUAUGGUUCAGCCAAACAGCAACAUACAUUUACAGUUGAAGUACUGUGGAGCAAGGGGAUAAAGAAAUUGCCUCCACUUUUUCCUUUGCUUGUGAAAGGCCGAAACCUCUACAGAUUAAAAACUUUCAGACAGCGUUGGAAUAAUGAAGUAGAAAGAGAAAUAGUCCUUGCUGAGAAGCACAAACGAGGUAGAGCUGCAAGACUUGUGAGAGCAAUGAAGAAUUCGAAGAAAAAACUGUCUGCAAAUGGUCGUUUGACUGGAGAUGUGAAGCAUAAAAAAUGCUCCCAUCAUCAUGUGGGAUCGUUUCAAACAAGACAAUCGGCUGAACCAGCAACGAGGAAGCAUGCUUACGGGCACAAAAGAGAUAUGCUACAACAAUAUGUCAAAGUUAAUAAUCAUCAUCAAGAGGUUCCACCAUCUAGACAACUGAACUCGAAGAGAAAUAUCAGGUCAGAAGUUGGUUCUAAGACUACUUGGAGGCAUCAGAAACGGGGGCGCUUCAAUGUGGACAUUGACCCAGAUCUUCGCUCACAUACUUACACUCGCCAAGGUCCUUUCCCAUCACAAAUGGAACAUCAGCGUAAUGAACGAUUUCAUUUCUCUGGUCAUGAAAUGGGCUCCACUUCAACUAUGAUGAAGUUGCCUCCUUUGAGACGUUGAUACACUUUUGAUGACUGCUUUCCAACAUCAGGGGUUUAACCAUACGAAUGAUAUCUACCGUGCCCAUUCAAAACCUCACUACAACUUUGAAAGGCCAAAUUUAAAGCAUUUUUCUGAGUUGAUUAACGCUGAUAGGUCAUUUCAUCAAUUUUCUCAUGGAGUGGAGACAUAUGGACAGAGGACAGAAGGUUUUCAGUCUUUUAUCGUCGAUGUGUUGUGAGUCUCAUGUCCUAGACAUGGAAGCUGAUGAACCUCACUUCAAAUGAUGCGGACAAAGUGGAGAAAUGCAUGUAACGGUUACCUCCAAGUAGUCUUAGUUGGUAAGUCUUCUGCUCUCUUCGACAACACUUUAAUCACAAAUUCUUAAUGUGAAACUACAGUAUUACUUGUAUUGCGUCCAUCUUUUAAUGGUGUAGAAUUCAGGUUGAGAGAGAAUGUGUGAUACCAUAAACUGCCUUUGGAGUUCAUUUUCUGGUGAAGUAUAUGAUGGUUGCAUA